CCUCGCCAUGGCCGCCGACGCCGACGUGGCCGAGCGCAGCGCACGCGCCAGCGCCAGUCCCGCCUCGUCGCCCUCGCCGCCGCCCGCCGCGGCGCCGCCGCCGCUGCCGCUGCGCACGCGCCCGCGUCCAGCAGAGGCAGACGAGACACUGCGGCGCAAGCGCGAGCGCGAGGGCAGCCUCGAGCCGAGCUCGAGCCAGCGCGAGAUCACCGGCCCCUCCACGCCCGACGCCAUCCCCGCCAAGAAGAACCGGCUGGGCUCGGCGUCGCACUCGGGCGCCACCACGCACGCCGCCAGCGACGAUGCCGAGGACGACUACGCGGCGCGCGAGGCGGGCGCCGAGGAUGCCGCCGCCGCCGCCGUCGGCGCCGCGGGCGGCGAGGGCACAAAGGUCGGCGCGAUCCGCGAGCGCGUGAGAGAUCUCAGCUGGCGCGGCAAGCAGGGCGAGGCGGGGAGAGAGGAGGGCAACGAGGAGAGUAUGGAUGCCGAGGACGCCGUCGAGGCACGCAAGGACAGCGCGGCGCUCGAGGGCGUGCCGGAGGGCGAGGAGGGCGAUGCCGAGGCGGCAAAGGAGGCGGCAAAGCCAGCUGCCGCGGCACCUGCGGCGAGUGCUGCUCCUGCUGCUCCGCCGCCAGCACGCACGCAGCCGACGUUUGACUCGUUUGCCUCGUCGCGCUCCUCGGGCUUUGCCAGUGCGCCCAAGGGCGAUGCUCUCGCUUCCGGCUUCGCAAGUGCGUCCGCGUCCAAGGGCGAUGCGCCCGCGGCGUCCGCCGCUGCGCCGUUUGGAGCAAGCACUGCAUCCAGUUCCUCGGCGUCCGCCGCUCCCGCAGCCGCAACCUCGCCCGCAGCCGCCUCAUCGCCCGCCGCUGCGCCCUCACCGGCACGGACGCAGCCGACAUUCAGCGCCUUCAGCACCACCUCGUCGCCCUUCAGCGCCAGUGCCUCCAACGUCGCAGGGCCCAGCUGGCUCGCGGGCAAGGGCAGCUCCAGCUCCUCUUCCACUUCCAGCCCCAGCGGCAGCGGUGGAGGCGUGCGGCCCAGUGCUCUCGGCGCGCUCGGCACGCGCGACUCGUCCGUGCCUGCAGCCGCUGCCUCGCCUGCCGCGUCAUCUGACACGCGUUCUCCGCCUGCUCGCGCCGCCGCUGCGCCCGCAGCCGGCGGCAACGGCAAACAGCUCGGCUUCGGCGCCUUUGCCAGCUCCUCCGGCUUCGCGGCAGCGGCAGCGUCGCCGCGCAGCAAUGGCUUUGCGGCGGCAGCGGCGGCGGCGAAGCAGGGAGACGAGGCGGAGGGCGAGAAGAAGGAGCGGAAAGACGCGAAGCGCGACUUUGAGGAGGCCCUGGCGAAGCAGCACGAGACGGAGAAGCAGGACACACGAAAGGUGACGCUGACGGAGGAGACGGAUCUGACCACGGGCGAGGAGGAUGAGCGCGCAGUGGCUAGCGCACGUGCCAAGCUGUACACCAUGACGGCCGACCAGACAUGGAAGGAGCGCGGCACGGGCACGGUGCGCUGCCUCGUGCCCAAGUCUGUGCUGGAACGUCGCCGUCCCGGUCGAUUGGUGAUGCGCGCAGAAGGCGUGCUGCGCCUCAUCCUCAACGUCGCCCUCUUCACCACGAUGCGCUUCGAGCUCGCCGAGAAGUUCGUGCGCUUCGUGGCGCUCGAGCAGCCUGCUUCCAGCACCACUACCGCGACUGGCGAUGCCGAGGACGGAGACGCGGCGGCAGCGGCACCUGAUGCUUCUGCGGGCAAGGCGGCGGCGACGCCGGUGCACUUUGCCCUGCGCUUCGGCACGCCCGCCGCUGCGGCGGCGUUUGCGGAGCAGGUCAGACGGGCUGUGCCGCGCCAUCGGCCGGGCGUGGCACCCAUGCCGGGCGACGAGUACGCUUAGGUCGCCAGGACACUCGCUGUGACGAAUGCGCCGGCGCGGCGUUAGAGCCCUUCGGCCAUGCCAAGCCCGACGGUGCUCGUCGCUUCGCCCUGUCUCCCCCGCCAUUCUCUCAGCUUCUCGACACAUACACACCUUCACGUCCCUCCUCACCGCGGUCCAACGAGCCAUGCCGCACCGAAAGCCAUCGCUUCGCGCCAUGUGCAAAAGCAUAGCAUAAUGAGCAACCCUCAGCGGGACGUGUGACGCACGUCGAUGUCGAUGCUUCGUCGCGCCAAUCGUCCAGCAGUGUCGAUCUGAUCUAAGCAUCGUCUAGCAUUGCGACUACUCUGAGCUUCCUUCGCGUGGCCGCAGCGCGCGCGUCUCUGCACCGACUCGCUGCGCCAGCCUAUGCGCCCUCCCAUGCCCCCUUCCUUUUCCUUCUUCAUGCGCUCGCAGGCAAAGCUUCUCGCUCGCCUCGCCCGG